UCCGGGAAAUCUGAUUUAGUCAAAUGUAAUGGUUCUAAAAUUAUCUUUAUCUUUAUCGAAAGGACCCUCAAGGUACUGCUUGAAAGCAUGCCAGGUAAUUUUUCCCUGAGGGCAUUUGCAAGACAUUGAAGCGCAUGGUGAAUCGACUGUCAAACGACGGCGCCGUACAACCAGUACAAAACGAAUAUUUCACUUUGACUCCAAGAAAGCUUAGACUGGUGAUAGAAGUACAAAGAAUCUGGAGGCUAAAGCGUCUUGAAAUAGCGGACUCAGUGGUGUUUUCGAGAAAUUUCAGCUUCAAGAUCUGCAGAUCAUCCAGCCUACAAAGCACAAACAGAUUAAUCAAUCACACUACCUUACAAUGGAUUCAAGGUGCAUCACAGAUUUGCCUGAUGAUAGAAAAAAGCAGAUAGCAGUAAUAUUGGAUUCCUCUGAACUGCCCAAUUGGAGAUCACUCGUUCAAGAUGUCAUAAGGCACCAUAUACCAUCAUAUAAAGAUCCACGUCAAGUUUAUGCUAUUGGAAUGGCAACUUUGUCCCCAGGAGGAAGCCCAACUCUUAAACUUUUGCAUGACUUGGGACAAUUGCACAUAACUGUAGGAGAGUUCAAAAGCUGGAUCGGGUCCAAGAGUGAAGGAGCACCACGCCUACAAAAAGUAGUUAGUUUACUAACACUUUCUCCAACUGUAACUCAAGAUGUUGAAACAGAAAUACGAGGAAUUCCAGGACAGAAUGUUUAUAUACACUGUGAAGCAUCAGGACACCAACCACUUCACUAUCAGUGGUUUAAAAAAAGAGAACUUCUUCAAGGCAAAACAGAAAAUACAUUACAGUUCAAGAGUGCCAGUGAAAGCGAUGGAGGAUAUUACACUUGUCGCAUCGCAAAUUGUUAUGGUUUUGUUUUCACUAAAUGGACCAAAUUGAUCAUUAAUGCAGACGACAGUGUUCACGGCUACUCACCCUUUGAUUUGCCAAUCAUCACUUCUCAAUCAGACCCUGAUGUUCACAUACUUGUUGGCUCACGGUUGAGCUUAUACUGUGAUGGUGUUGGCAGACCUGCUCCAAGCUAUGAGUGGUUUCAUAAUGGUUCUCCCAUUCAGGAUGCAAAACACAGAUGGUUGAUAAAAGACAGUGUUUCUGCUGAAGAUCAUGGAUUUUAUUAUUGUAGAGUGUACAACAAUGCUGGGGAAGUGCAUUCACACCAUUUUAAAGUGACUAUUGAAAGUUUUCAAGUGGCUUUUGACAGUGUUCCACCAGGGGUUGGCAGAGAUCCCCAUCCGCGUGGUCCAAGUGAUCGAGUUGCCAAUAAAGUUGCCCUGUUGAUUGGAAAUAAAGAUUACCGUCAUCAACAACUUGGAAAGCUUUUUCAUCCUAUCAAUGAUGUUUGUGACUUUACAGGCAGACUUAUCAAUAUGGGUUUUAAAGUGGUUUCACUGGUAAACCUAACGCUGGAGGAGAUGAGGAAAGCUCUUGUGGAGUUCUGCAGGCUUCUUGUUGAAGACACUUACGCUGUGUUCUAUUUUGCUGGCCAUGGUUUUGAGCGCGGUGGAUUAAGUUAUCUAAUGCCGGUUGAUGCAUCGCAUUCAUAUCGUUGCCAGGAGAACAUGGCUUCGGCUAAAGUGCUCAAGGCUAUGCAAGAAACUAAGGCAAAGUUAAAGCUUGUGUUACUCGACUGCUGCAGAACAGAACCUGAUUAUGAGCCGCAGAACAGUCCAUUACUGAGCGGUGAUUUACAAGAUAUAAAAGAACCGAAUGUGGUAGUAGCAUUUGGCUGUUGCCCUCGUUCAAGUGUGUUUGAAUGUGAGCAGGAGAAGAAUGGUUUUUUUGCCAAGCACCUCCUGAAAGCUAUUUCGGAUGAACACAGGAACAAAUCCGUCGAAGAAGUUUUGUUACAUGUUAGUCGUGGUAUUCACGAAGAGAAUCUCGUGGACUAUCUCACAAAUCAAAAACAGAUUGUGAACAGAAUAACAACCUCAGUCAAACCCAUGAGUCUUUGGACUCCUGUGGACAACACCUCCUUGAAUCCUUCCGCUGAAGCAGCAACUGCCAAGUGGCAAUCAGCGCAUGAAAUUCCAAAUGACCCGGUUACCGUCUAUCAAGAUGACAAAGUUAGGGUUGAGUUGAUUUUUAACGCAGAGGUGUCAAACGUCCUUAUAGUGAAUGCACGAGCGCUGGGAGAGGACAACUUGGACUUGAAUGUCACGUUUGAUAUGUCGAAUGUUACGAGUGGAUGCUGUGUCGCGCGAGGUGACAUGUUUGGAAAAAAAUGCCGGCCAUCAGAAGCAACUUUGAAAGUCAAAGACCUCCAACGGCUCACGGAACCGUUAGUCUUUAAACUUACUUGUAUUUACACAUUAAAUGGAGAAAGGCAGCAGAAGUCUAUUAGUUACACAAUGGAAGAAAAACCUCUCUAUGCCAAGCUGGUCACACAUUGGUGACAAAUCGAAAGAUCGAGUGACCCACUCUGGUCUACCACGAGUUCAAGAAGUAUGCCCCGGAAAUAGUGUAAAUUUCCCUCCUAAAUUAUAAAGUAGACAUGAAAUUAGGACUUGAACCGCAUUUGGGAUUCACAAGAGUAACCAAAUCUUUUCAUAAUUGUCUUUAAAUGUGAUUUUCCUAACAAAUUGUCACACUUUUUUCAUUCCGUUGGCGAUCUGUGAAGAAUUAGGAUCGGAACAAAAGGACAUUCUUCACUCAGUUGAUAACUUACUUUGCGAUAACUAAGCAAGUAGCUGUUGGUAAUAUGCAUUUUGUCUUUUUGCGCUUGCGGCCACGUUACUAAUUUUUUUUUUUCAAAAUGGCGGUCUCCAUAGCCAAAGUUUGGCACAUUUAAAGCAAGUUUUAAUUUUUAUAUAAUUACUCUAAAUGGCAGAGAGAUAAAUUAUUUGGUUUCUGAAGCAUACUUUGUUUAAAGACAAUUGUAAAAACAUUCUGAUGGCUCCCUAACUCAGUAACUCGUCCCCACUUUUCUUCCGAGCAUUGCACUGAUGGAAGGGGCAGACACCUACCCAUCACACCUCGCGCUUUCGCUACUGCGCGCGGUCUGAAGACGAAUCGAGACGAAUGAGAUGUUUUAUAUGAAUUUAAAUACUACGUUAUUGAUCGGCCGGUUUACCAGUACGACGUUAUGUUCAGAACCUGCCGCCCGUCAUGCCAUGCCAGUACCAUUUUAACCGCUUCCUGCUCUAAUUAUUUGUCUACAUGAUAUAUUUAAAGAAAUAUUUUUCCCGUCUUGUCACGAGCGUGGGAUCCCCACGAGGAAUCGAACGUCAGACGUUCAGAUUCUGUACUGAGAUGUUCUACCACUUAACCGUUGCUAAGUUAAAUGUGAAACGGCCUGUUCACUUUUAGGACCAGCGGUGUUGAAAGUUUCGUGUGAGUAAAUAGGAAAUAUUCAGUAAGUAAUAUAAUUGAUUUUGAGCUCGGUUACGUGAUAGGAAAAUUAUUUAAUUUGCAAAAUUAAGCGUACUUUAGGAAAAUUUUCUCUCAAAGGAGUUAAUAGUAGAGGUUUGACCUCGAAAUUAUAUUUUUCUGCUGUAGAUUAAGCACUGAGGGCUAAGAAUGAGCCAAAUUUAAUGUGAAUGUUGAAAGAUGGAGAAGAUGCAAAAGGAUUUCAAUUCACGAAGUUGAAAACUUGGGAUUAACAUUCAAGCACCGUCACUCUGCAGUAUUCAAGUUUGCAGCAAUAUCAGUUUAACUCACAAGAUCUUAUUGGUUGUUGAGUAAUUCUCCCCUCUUGCUGCUACACAUUUCCUUGUGCAUUAGUUAUAAGAAUUUGGUGUUAGACCAAGAAAACAACUUGUACUUGAUAAGUUUGAGUAUUCUCAUUACCUGUUUGCUUGUGAUUUCUUGGAUGUCAAAAGGAGAAGUUACAUGUUCAUCACUCCUGGGAGUUUAAGGGUUCAGUAGAAGACCACGACGUCAAGCCAUUCUAGUUUGGAUCUGUUGAGACAAUAUUUAAAGUAAAUGCCCCCUUUUUCAGUAUUUCAGACUCAUUAACAAUAUCAUAGAAAAAAGUACUUUCUCAAAUAGUCUGUUGAGUAAAUAAUAAACAAAGCUAUAAGCGAAAUUGUUUCAGAUAUAGUCCAACUAUAUUUAAAUCUUAAUUAAUAUCAUUUUAUCACUUUCAACUGUAAAAUACUGCAACUUCAAUAAAUUUUUAAGAGACCAUU